UGGCCUGCUGGACUCAGUCUCCCCCCAGCUCUCCAUAUUAGCGAGGCACAAUCUGAGCUAUGCCUUCUACACUUGCUGCCCUUCUCUUUCUUGGGCUGUCUCUGAGCCAGGGGACCAGCACCCAGAAGCGUGAGUCCUUCCUUCAAAGCCCCAGCGUCUGGGUUGAGACUAAGUAUCCACAGAGUCUCUCGAAACCUGUCAUCUGGGCCAAACCCAGUUUCAUGAUUCCAGAAGGAAAACUGGCCAUCAUCUGGUGUCAAGGAACUCACGGGGCCGCUGAAUACCAACUGCACUUUGAGGGAGGCCUUUCUGCCUUCAAGAGACCAAAGUCACCUGGAAUGUCGAACAGAGUAAAGUUCCCCAUCCCGUCCAUGACCUCACAGACUGCAGGGCAGUACAGGUGCUUCUAUCGAAGUGGGGAGCUCUGGUCAGAGCCCAGUGACCCUCUGGAUCUGGUGGUAACAGGACUGUAUGACACACCCACCCUCUCAGUUCAGCCCAGACCUGAGGUGAUCUCAGGAGAGAAAGUGACCUUCCGUUGCCGCCUAGAAACAGCAACAAGCACCUUCUUUCUGCUCAAGGAGGGAAGAUCCAGCCGCCCACAGCGCAGAUAUGGGAAUAUCCAGGCGGAGUUCCCCAUGGGCCCUGUGAGCACAGCUCACAGAGGCACGUACAGAUGUUUUGGCUCCUAUAACAAACAUGCAUGGUCUUUCCCCAGUGAGCCUGUGAAGCUCCUGGUCAAUGGAGAUGCCAGGGACACCACCUUUGCGCCCACAGAGCACACCUCUUCUGACCACUGGGACUCCUACAUGUUAACCACAGAGACCCAAUUCCAGGAAGAUCCUGUCCUCUGGGAUCACAAUGCCCAGAAUCUCCUUCGGAUUGGCCUAGUUUUCCUGGUCCUGGUGGCCCUCGUGUGGCUCCCGGUUGAAGACUGGCUUCACAGGAAGAAGCCUCAAGAGAGAGCCAGCAGGGCUUCAAGUCAGGAAUGCAGAAGGUUCAGAGCACAAAGCCCUGGAGAAAUGACCGAGAGAUGCAGUGGCCACAGGUAAAGCUGCAAGCUGACCCUGACCUUGGGCUGUGGGAGCUCCGAGUUGAGCCCGUGGAGGAGAGAGUCAUCGCAGAAAACUAAGGGAGAACUGCACGGAGUUUGGCAGAGGGUUGGGGAUGAAAGCGCUACAUUUCUUCUGUAGGCAAAACCCAUUGUCUCUUCGAGGUUCUAAGUACUGUUGCACUUGCUUCCUGCGAACCAAACUUUUCACCACUCUGGUCUUUCCUGAAAACAUCUUUAACGGCAUGGCCGUGGGAAUAUCUCCUCCCUACUUUUGUCUUUAUCCCUAUUUCUUCUUUGCUGUCUCUUGCACAUGUCAUUCAAAAUAUUUAACCACCAAUACAGAAUAGGUGCACUUAUCAAACAGAACCAGAGCCGGAGAGGCAACAACCAGUCAAUGGAGAUGCAGGCUUAUAAACAAACAGCACAUCUAUACCAAUGUGUCCUGGUUGGAUGGCAGCCAUGCCCCAGUUCCCUCUAUCCUAUGCCCUUGCAGGAUUUCUUCUUCUCCACUUCUUUAUCCACACCUUGCCUUGUAUUUUGGGUCUCCUAGUAGAUAUCAUCUCCUCCAAGAUGAUUUCCCAAAUCCUCCAGCUUGACUUAAGAUACUACUUUCAUAGUCCCAAAGCACCUGUAAUUCUCUACAACAGCAUUUGGACCCUAAUACUGCCUACGUAUCCAUUUUCCUGUAUCGACUGCGAACUCAUGUGAAUUAAAUUUACGUCAGGUGUAAUGGCUGUGUUCGUAGUUCCCACUACUCAGAGAGUUCUCAGGAAAUAUAUGUUGAACAAAUGGAUAUAUAAAUGGGGUCAGAGUGCCACUUGGAACUUGAGACUCCUAUGCAUGGUCCUUGAAAUGUUGUCUGGGCAUCACAAACGCUCUCCUUUUUGAGAGUUUCGACUUGGUCAACCCACUAAUAUACCCAUUAUGUGGGUCCCCGCCUCCUCUCAAUAUUGUGACACCUUACACAGGUCAAAUUCGUUCUUAAAUCUGCAUUUUCUGUUAAAUAUCAGCGAAUAUUAAUUCCAACCUCAAAGGGAUAACAUGAAGAUCUGGAGAUCAAGAAUAUCCAGAAACCAGCAUAAGCUCUGACAUGUGUACGUUACUCAAUGCACGGUAACCAUUAUUAUUCCUGAUACUAAGGGCAAUUAAAACUCAUACCAAGUGUUACCUCAUUACUAGUGGCCCCAAUACUGAAUUUUCUCCUUUCUGGGCUUCACCUACCAGGUGUUCUAAGGUCCAAGACUUUCUAGCUAAUACCCAUUUAUAGUCUUCAUCUCAAGAUGAGAUGGACUUGUUUGGGGUGGGUUCAGGACAUUCCAACCUUUCCAUAUUCUAGUUUAUGGCAAGAAACCUAGAGUCUCAAGGAAAAAAUGGGUCAGGUAGAAAUAUUUUAGGGGUCAAGAUAUAAAGGCAGGGCUUGACUUGGGCAAAGGAGGCUCCUAAAGGGGAUGGAGGGGUCUUUACCACCAUGGCCCUAUGUUGUCCUUGGCAGUCCAAGUUAAAAUCUUCCAAAACUGGUCAAUGGGUCAAUGCCAGAUGGUCAAGUAUUGCAACGCUCUUUCUGAAAUAUUGAACAUGGCUUGUAUUUCAGACCGCAAAAUGAAGCACGGGGAGAAAGAAAGGAAGGAGAGGAAGGGAGGGGAGGAGGGUGGGGGUAAAGUACUGGCCAAUUGUUUGUGAUGAUGAUUUACUGGAAACACUCCAAAAACACUUUCAAUUAUUUCCCCACGGUCAGAACUUAACAGCUUUCCACACCUAGAUGCAAGGGAGGUUGACGAUGUAGCCUUUUUUCCAAAUAGCUCUGUGGCAAGCUGAAUAUUUGUACUUCCAUUACCAAUGAAGUGAAAGGUAAUAGAGUUGUAAUAAGCAAUUCCAGUCCUUGUCAUAAGAGCCUACUAUGUGUCAGGCACUGGUGAGAGUACAACACACCAAGGCAAACAUUAUCCCCACCAUAACAGGAUUUAUCGUCCAGGAGUAGAGAUCUUCAAGAAGUGAGAAAAUAAAUGUCUCGUGAGAGAGGAACUAGAGGAUGCCCUUGGAGCCCCUUCCUGUGAAAGAUUCCAUUAUAUAGAGACAUUGAGGGAGAUGCAGGGGUGAAGAAAGGGGAAGACGGCAGCUGUCUGUACCAAUGUAUCCAAAGGCUCAGAUGUAAGACAGAGGGUGAAAACGUUCAGUAUAACUAGAGCUCUGAUUGUGACAGAAAAGAGUAGCUGUGGACGAUGCUGGGCAUGGCCAUGGAAGCCACAUAAAUAAAUGCACAUUUUAUCCUUAAGGCAAAGGGAGCUCACCAAGCAUUUUGAUCAUGGAUGUAAUAUGAUGAUUUCUACACUGUGUGAAGACCCUUCUGGUUGCAGUGAGAGGAAGGACAUAUGCAAAGAAAACAAAAGCAUGGUAGGUGGGGGGAGACAGAAGAGUUGAGAAUGGCUCACCUAUUUCUAGUGCUGACAACCAGAACGAUAUAGGUUCCAUAACUAAUACUGGUAACCCAGAUGGAGGUCCAGCUGUGAGUGACAGGUACACGUAGGUCUUGAGACUUGGUAACACAUUCUCUAGCUCUGUCCUUAUUUUUCAAGAUUGCCUUGAUUAUUCUGCGUGUUUUGGAUUUCAAUACUAACUUUAGGGUAUCAGUGUUCACAAAACACCCACCUGGAUUUCGCAUGAGAUCGUAUCCAAGCUACGGAUCAAUUUACAGAGAAUCAUCACCUCUUCAAUCUUUCCAUCCUUGGAAGUUUCAAACCUUAAAUGUGGUAUAUUUCACCAUUUAACUUCAUGUUCAGUAACUUCUCUAAAUAAUAUCUUGUAUUAUUCCAUGUAGAGAAUGUGCAUAUCUUUUGUUAGAUACCCACCAGAAAUAUCCACCAGUUACGUCUCCUCCAGAGAGAUCCCUACUUACAUGACUUUUAUUUUGUAAGUGGUAUCAUUCUUUAAAUAACUUUAUUGCUUCUGUUGGUUGCUGGUAGUAUAAAAAUAAAAUUGAUUUUUUAUAUGGAA